AAAAAAGAAAUGAACAGCUGAUUGAAAGUUUGUCAGCAGUUAGCUUUGUUAGCUUUACAUUGCAUAAAGUUAAAUGUUUUAAACAGUUAUUUAUUAAUUAGUGUUUAUUAUAUUAUGGUGAUAAAGUUAGAGUGGUAACAAAUGAAACGUAAUCAGAAUCAAAUUAUAAAAUCGAAUGCUGAUUCAGCUCCAAAAUCAGAAUUAGAAAAACAGUGUCAAUGUUGUUCGUUGGAUUGUUAUUGUGAUGUAUUUAUUAGACAUGAGUGGACAUGGGACUCGUCGUUGGCGUCGACGAAAGUGAAAUUAUUUAAAGACAAUUUGGCAGUAAAAUUCAAUCCAGGUUACAGUAACGGAACGACUGCAAUACGUGGAUCAGAAUGUCUUCCAAAAGGAAGACACCAUUAUUGGGAAAUAAAAAUUCUAACACCUGUUUAUGGUACAGAUAUUAUGGUGGGAGUGGGAACGAAGAACGUUAAAACGAGACUAGAAACGUAUUGUUCACUUUUGGGUCGUGAUUGUGAAUCGUGGGGACUUUCGUAUCGAGGAUAUAUUCAGCAUGGAGGAGUGAGGAGUAAAUAUUGUGGAGGUUUUGUUAAUGAUAAUGUAGUUGGAAUUCAUUUAGAUACAUGGAAAGGAACUCUUCAAUUUUUCGUCAAUAGAAUACCAUUAGGAGUUGCUUUCACUGGCCUUAGAGAUAGACAAUUGUAUCCAAUGGCUUGUUCAACGGCUGCAGAAAGUAAUAUGCGAAUAAUUUACAAUUCAUCCGAACCAGCUUCCCUGCAAAUGGAUUGUUUGGAAAUUCUCAAACCGAUCCAUCGAGCUUAUCUUUGCGCUGCAUUUCCAGGAAUGAGACACAUUUUUAAAAGUGUUUUCGCUGAUAUUCUUCGAAAAAAUCACGAUGAGGAUGACGAGAAUGAGGAUGAAUUUCUCAAAAAAUUCUCAUCUCUUGAGAAAUUUGAUAGUUCAUUUACGUUUGAAACCGAGGAAUCAAAACGUAGUCGUUUAGACAAUUGGCAACCAUCUACACUGCAAAUUGACUCUUUGAAUAUAUAAAAUUACAAAUUACAUUUAGUGACUUAAAAAAAAAUUUUCGUUCAUUUUUUACUUUUUGUGAUUGAAUUCGUCUCAUCAAAAUAGUGUAAUGAUCUCAAUGAUUAUAAUUUUUUAACUAAUGAAUGGAAAUUAAUUUUAAAAAUUUUAAACAAUCUACUUCGUAAUAUU